GAAAAGCAUGGAACAAGAAGCCAAGCUCGAUUGUCGAGCGGUGUUCGAGGAAAGGAGCGAGGGUGAGGAUGGUGAGAGGGGAGGCGGUGGGGCAUCCUUUUUCUCGAUGUGAACGAACUUGAACGCGUACCAUCUCUGAUCUGUACAGCCAUGUUACUAUCAAUUUCUGCAGCGGUGCUUUCGGUGAAAUUUGUGGAUCUUCGAUCGCAAUCGAUACUUCACGCAUUACUAAACAACAAAGUGCACAUUGAUGGUGUGUCAUUUAUGUCAAACGCACGAGCCGUGUUCGAGGAGAGGACCGAAGGAGAAGGUGGUGGAGGACGCAGUGGGGCAAAAAGACACGCUUUUCCUUGUCGAGUGGCUUCGACUGCCAGAAGCCUGAAAUGCUUUCACGAAACGGGUCUGAUAAUGAGGGGAAAAAGGGAGCUUUUUGAAGUAGUAAUGCAAGAAGCUCCAUGAGAAUCUAGUUCAGACAGAUUUCUUGCAACAGGCGAUAAGCUUGAUGCUUGUUUGGCCGGUCAAGGGAAUGGUUGUCAAAUAAGUUCUGAAAGUGAGAGGGGUUGUGGGGAUCAGCCUCCCGACGUAAAGAUUGUGUUCCGUUGUGAAGAUGUGCGUUUUGCUUGAAAGCUUCGCAGAAGUGUUGGAAGUACCGUGUUCUAUGAUGUCAAGCGUUGAGGCAGAUGGAUCGAUUCGAUCUAGCAACUCCUUUCUUCAAGGCAAAGAGUUGCUGCUGAGAUUCGGGUGUAGAAGACAAGAUUAGUUGCCAAGGGGUGCAGUCAACAACUCAAUUACGAUCACUGUGAAACCUGCUCAAUUCUCUGACGAAGACUAGCUCUCGAACUCUGUCAAAUUCGAAUGAGAGGCCUGACCAACAUUCCUGUGCUGUCUAAGUUCGUCCCAGAAGCUUUCCCUCCCUUGAACUGGCUUCCACCACAUAUCGCACAUCGAGAAUUGGGACAGUAUCAGUCCCUGAUGGAGACUGAUAUGUGGUGAAAGCCGAUUUAAGGGAGGGAAGCUUCUGCAAAAGCUCUUACUGUGAUAUCCUGUGCGCAGUGGGAUUGUGGAUGUGAGAUUUCCAUCAGAUCUCUCGCGUGCAAUUAAUUUCACAUUUGCAAGUAAAGUUGGGAAUGCCUGAUGGUUGUACGUAUGUCGUAGAGAAUCUAUUGUGUUCGUCCUACGAACGCGACUAACUAAGGCAACUCACCCUGAAUUUGCUGUCUGCUGUCUGCGUUCUCUCAUCACACCCGCAGAACAUGUGAUGUUUUGCCGAGCACGAUGUGUCGAAGGAGACCGUUGGCCCAAGGAAGAUCAGUUCUGUGGACAAAGUUCUGAGAAGGGUGAGGGUUGUGGCAGGGGACGCGGUGGGACACACUCUUUCUCGCAUUGAGCUAAGUUGAACUCUUCGAACUUCUCGUAUCGUCUCUGUUUGCAUCCGUCAUAAGUCCAGCCUUGCAAGAAGGUUAUCAGAGCUGGCGGGAAGAGCGACGGAGGACGAAAGAUUAGAUUUUAGCGCCAUUCCAAGAUUUCCUUUGAAGAGUGGUCUUUUACGAGGUGGGCGGAGAUAUAGAGAUUGGAUAUGUCCAAGUGUGUUCGUAGGAGGAUGGCUUGAAAAAGUGAACAACGAGCAGGCGGGAACAGUGACGGAGUAGAGGAAGGGAAGAAUUUG